AUCGAACGGUUUAUCAGCUUUCUGACUUUGCUUGAACAGAUCGGUCAGGUGAACAAAAAAGAGAGACUCUUGUGAAGAAGAGAUCGCUGCGAUCUAUAACGGUUCCAUUGGCUGGAAGAUUCUUCUUCCUUGUUUUGAUCUUGUUCGUAUUACAUAAGUCUGUGUGAUUUUUCGUGGCUAAAGAGAUAUGGAUUUGGCAUCCCGUUAUAAGGGGGUUGUUGGAAUGGUUUUUGGCGACAAUCAGUCUUCGAAUGAAGACAGUUACAUUCAACGUCUGCUGGAUCGUAUAAGUAAUGGUACCUUGCCUGACGAUAGGAGAACUGCUAUAGUAGAACUUCAGUCUGUUGUAGCAGAAAGUAAUGCUGCUCAAUUAGCUUUUGGAGCAGCCGGAUUUCCUGUGAUAAUGGGCAUCCUAAAGGACCAGCGGGAUGAUGUUGAAAUGGUUCGAGGUGCUUUAGAAACUCUUCUUGGCGCUCUAACGCCAAUCGAUCAUGCAAGGGUACAGAAGACUGAAGUCCAUGCAGCUCUUAUGAACUCUGACUUGCUCUCCCGUGAAGCUGAAAAUAUCACUCUUCUUUUGAGUUUGCUGGAGGAAGAAGACUUUUAUGUUCGAUAUUACACUCUUCAGAUUUUGACAGCUCUGCUUAUGAAUUCUCAAAACAGGUUGCAGGAAGCUAUUUUGACCACUCCUCGCGGUAUAACUCGACUCAUGGAUAUGCUAAUGGAUAGAGAGGUAAUCCGGAACGAGGCUUUGUUGCUUCUUACGCACUUGACUCGUGAAGCAGAGGAGAUCCAAAAAAUCGUUGUCUUUGAAGGUGCAUUUGAAAAGAUUUUUAGCAUCAUUAAGGAAGAAGGGGGGUCAGAUGGCGAUGUGGUUGUGCAGGACUGUCUGGAGUUGUUGAACAAUCUUCUUCGCAGCAGUUCAUCAAACCAGAUACUACUAAGGGAGACCAUGGGUUUUGAACCGAUCAUUUCAAUUCUAAAACUGCGAGGGAUUACAUAUAAGUUUACCAAGCAAAAGACUGUUAAUCUACUUAGUGCACUGGAGACAAUUAAUAUGCUGAUCAUGGGAGGUGCAGACACGGAGCCUGGAAAAGAUUCAAACAAGUUGGCAAAUAGAACAGUUUUAGUUCAGAAAAAACUGCUAGACCACCUUCUGAUGUUGGGUGUUGAAAGCCAAUGGGCGCCUGUUGCUGUUCGCUGCAUGACAUUUAAAUGCAUUGGAGAUCUAAUUGAUGGACAUCCCAAGAACCGUGAUAUCCUUGCUAGCAAAGUUCUUGGUGAAGAUCGGCAAGUAGAACCUGCACUCAAUUCUAUCCUCAGGAUCAUUUUACAGACGUCCAAUAUUCAAGAGUUUGUUGCAGCUGAUUACGUUUUCAAGACGUUCUGUGAGAAAAAUCCCGAGGGUCAAACAAUGCUAGCUUCGACUUUAAUACCUCAACCACAUCCCACAGCCCGAGAUCCUCUAGAAGAUGAUGUUCACAUGUCAUUUGGAAGUAUGUUGUUACGAGGCCUUUGUUCUGGUGAAGCUGAUGGUGAUCUUGAGACAUGUUGCAGAGCUGCAAGCAUUCUUUUUCAUGUUGUGAAGGACAACCUUCAGUGCAAGGAAAAGGCUUUGAAAAUCGUACUUGAAUCACCUAUGCCUUCCAUGGGAACUCCAGAGCCUCUCUUUCAGAGGAUUGUCAGAUACCUGGCUGUUGCUUCUUCCAUGAAAAGCAAAGAUAAAUCAAGCACACUGGGGAAAUCAUAUAUUCAACAGAUCAUUUUAAAACUGCUUGUGACAUGGACUGUUGAUUGUCCGGCUGCAGUUCAGUGCUUUUUAGAUUCUCGCCACCACCUAACGUUUUUGCUCGAGCUGGUAACAGACCCAGCUGCAACAGUUUGCAUAAGGGGAUUGGCGUCUAUUCUAUUGGGAGAAUGCGUCAUUUACAAUAAAUCAAUUGAGAAUGGUAAAGAUGCUUUUGCUGUAGUUGAUGCUGUGGGCCAGAAGAUGGGGCUUACAUCAUACUUCUCGAAGUUUGAAGAGAUGCAGAACAGCUUCAUCUUCUCUACCUCCAAGAAACCUCAACAGGGUUAUAAACCGUUGACAAGAACAGCCACGCCUAGUGAAGCCGAGAUUAAUGAGGUGGAUGGGGCAGAUGAAAUGGUUAGAGGGAAUGAGGAUCACCCAAUGCUCUUGUCUUUGUUUGAUGCUAGUUUCAUAGGCUUAGUGAAGAGCCUGGAAGGCAACAUCAGAGAGAGAAUAGUGGAGGUGUAUAGUCGGCCAAAAAGUGAGGUGGCUGUAGUACCAGCAGAUUUGGAGCAGAAGAGCGGAGAAACCGAGAAAGACUACAUCAACCGCUUGAAAGCCUUUAUAGAGAAACAGUGCUCGGAAAUUCAGAACCUCCUAGCUCGUAACGCUGCUUUGGCAGAAGACGUAGCUAGCUCUGGCAGGAAUGAGCAAUCUCAAGGAUCAGAGCAAAGAGCAAGUACAGUCAUGGACAAGGUUCAGAUGGAAAGCAUCAGGCGAGAACUUCAGGAGACAUCUCAGCGUUUAGAGACGGUUAAGGCUGAAAAAGCAAAGAUCGAAUCCGAGGCAUCAAGUUACAAGAACAUGGCGGCGAAACUUGAGUCGGAUCUAAAAAGCUUAUCGGAUGCAUACAACAGUCUCGAACAAGCGAAUUACCACCUUGAGCAGGAAGUGAAAUCCUUGAAAGGAGGAGAUCCGAUGAAGGUUCCUGAUAUAGAAGCCAUUAAGGAAGAAGUGAGAAAAGAAGCUCAGAAAGAGAGCGAAGAUGAAUUAAACGACUUGUUAGUAUGUUUGGGACAAGAGGAGAGCAAGGUCGAGAAACUAAGCGCGAAGCUGAUAGAAUUAGGAGUUGAUGUUGAUAAGCUUUUAGAGGAUAUUGGGGACGAAUCAGAAGCUCAAGCGGAAUCUGAAGAAGACUGACCAUUGAACUAAGUAGUAGAGAUUUUAUGUCCUCUAAAAUGCUCUCUCAUCAGGUAAUGGAACUUGUACAGUCUUGGGUGGUUUAUUUUGAUGUUUGACAAUUCUCGUUGCUUAAUCUUUUAGUUAUAACUCUUUAAAUUAUCUACCAACUUCUUAGAUUGCUCGAAACAUGUUAUUACCAUUGUCUUACGUUUUGCAGAUUCAUCUACAUUUUAACAAUGAAACACAAUGUGAUAU